AUGAUGCUUCACUGUUUUCUCGAAUUUGUAGCCCGUUCUUGGGAGCUUUUGCUGCCCAGCUACAAGCAAGUGUACUCAGAGCUUCACCCCCGGAACCUGCUUAAGAUCUUCAUCAAGCCACGACUGCUGAUGCCAAUUGUAGUCUUUCCCGUGGCUGCUCCAAGGCAAGCAAUCGUUGUCUUUGAGUGUCCCGCUCCCACCGUCGUGCUGGGGGAUAUCCUGUACCUGGUGUCAGCGGUUACCUUCGCCGCUCUUAUAUGCUUCGUUGUUAACUUCGUCAUGAAGAUGCAUAUCCAGUCGAAGGUCAAAUCACUCCAGGGAUGCCGUCUUGCCAGCAUCACAGAGGUGCACCAGAUCCAAGAGGAGACUAGCGCUUGUCCAUCUAUUGCGUCAACAGACCGCCGAGAGAGUGAUGCUCUCGUAACCACCGAGGUGAACGUCCAGCCGUCCUCAUCCGUAAAGUCGAUUGUGACUGCAUCCUCUACAGGACUCAAGGAGCUCCGCCCUUUUGAUCUGCGUGCAUCAUGGGACACACAAAACCUCGAGAGCCUAGCAGCUUGUGCAUCGCGCCAGGGGCGUCAGGUCACACCCCAUCCCCUACUCGCCGAGUUUCUGAAUACGCUAAUGAGACCCCUCAGCUUAGAGCUUGAGCAAAUGGAGCCUCCGUCAUCAGCUACAAGACCUGUGCUUGUUACCAUGCAUGGUAGACAUGCAAUCAUUCGACAUCGCGUCAAGGUUCAUCUGAUGGAUUACUGCGCAACAGAACCAGACAACAUGUCUACCCUCCUAUCUUCUGUCAGCCAGGUGUCACAUGAUGAGCAUGAGUGGAUGGUGGCAGAGAUGUCUGAGCACCUUAAAGCUAACACAGUCAGUGUAACCACUCUGCAACUAGGCCUUGAGGGAAUUGGCAUGGGCUUCAUUGAUACAACAGCCCGCCCUCUUUCAGUGUCUGUAUUUGGAUGCUUGGAGGGGGAAGCUCAGGUCGAGACUAAACAAGACCAAGCUUGCAUCAUGGCGAUUGAAGAAAUGUUCAAGCCGUCCUCGCGAGUGAAACAGAUGGUGACGGAAUUGCUUUCCGGUUUCAAGAAGCCUUACCGUCCUCACAUUUGUGGAUCAUUGAAAACUCAAAGUAUUGAGGAAUGCCGUCUUGCCAGCAUCACCGAGGUGCACCAUUUCCAAGAGAAGACUAGCGCUUGUCCAUCUAUUGCGUCGACAGACCGCCAAGAGAGUGAUGCUAUCGUAACCACCGAGGUGAACGUCCAGCCGUCCUCAUCCGUAAAGUCGAUUGUGACUGCAUCCUCUGCAGGACUCAAGGAGCUCCGCCCUUUUGAUCUGAGUGCAUCAUGGGACACACAAAGCCUCGAGAGACUUGCCGCUUGUGCAUCGCGCCAGGGGCGUCAGGUCACACUCCAUCCCCUACUCGCCGAGUUUCUAAAUACGCUGAUGAGACCCCUCAGCUUAAAGUUUGAGCUAAUUGAGCCUCGGUCAUCAGCUAAAAGACCUGUGCUUGUUACCAUGCAUGGUAGACAUGCAAUCAUUCGACGUUGCGUCAAGGUUCAUCUGAUGGAUUACUGCGCAACAAAUCCAGACAACAUGUCUACUCUCCUAUCUUCUGUCAGCCAGGUGUCACAUGAUGAGCAUGAGUGGAUGGUGGCAGAGAUGUCUGAGCACCUUAAAGCUAACACAGUCAGUGUAACCACUCUGCAACUAGGCCUUGAGGGAAUUGGCAUGGGUUUCAUUGAUACAACAGCCCGCCCUCUAUCAGUGUCUGUAUUUGGAUGCUUGGAGGGGGAAGCUCAGGUCGAGACUAAACAAGACCAAGCUUGCAUCAUGGCGAUUGAAGAAAUGUUCAAGCCGUCCUCGCGAGUGAAACAGAUGGUGACGGAAUUACUUUCCGGUUUCAAGAAGCCUUACCGUCCUCACAUUUGUGGAUCAUUGAAAACUCAAAGUGUUGAGGGAGGCCGUCUUGCCAGCAUCACAGAGGUGCACCAGUUCCAAGAGAAGACUGGUGCUUGUCCAUCUAUUGCGUCGACAGAUCGCCGAGAGAGCGAUGCUCUCGUAACCACCGAGGUGAACGUCCAGCCGUCCUCAUCCGUAAAGUCGAUUGUGACUGCAUCCUCUAUAGGACUCAAGGAGCUCCGCCCUUUUGAUCUGAGUGUAUCAUGGGACACACAAAGCCUCGAGAGACUUGCAGCUUGUGCAUCGCGCCAGGGGCGUCAGGUCAGACUCCAUCCCUCACUUGCCGAGUCUUUGACCAGGUUGAUGAGACCUCUAAGUUUAGAGUAUGAGCUAAUUGAGCCUCUGUCAUCGUCAGCUAAACGAUCUGUGUUGGUUAGCUUUAAUGGAAGAUACGCGACCAUUCGACGUCGCGUUAAGGUUCAUCUGAUGGAUUACUGCGCAACAGAACAAGACCACAUGUCAGCGAUCCUAUCUUCCCUCAGCCAGGUGUCACAUAAUGAGCAUGAGUGGAUGGCGGCAGAGAUAUCUGAGCACCUUAAAGCUAACACAAUCAGAGUUACAACUCUGCAACUAGGCCUUGAAGGAUUUGGCAUGGGUUUCAUGGAUAGAGCAGCCCGUCCUCUAUCAGUGUCUGUAUUUGGUUGCGUGAAGGAGGAAGCUCAGGACGAGGAGACAAAACAAGACCAAGCUUGCAUCAUGGCGAUUGAAGACAUGUUCAAGCCGUCCUCGCCAGUAAGACAGAUGGUGACGGAAUUGCCUUUCGGUCUCAAGGAGCCUUACCUUCCGCACAUUUGUGGAUCAUGGAAAACUCAAAGUGUUGAGGAAUGCCGUCUUGCCAGCAUCACCGAGGUGCACCAUUUCCAAGAGAAGACUGGUGCUUGUUCCUCUAUUGCGUCGACAGACCGCCAAGAGAAUGAUGCUAUCGUAACCACCGAGGUAAACGUCCAGCCGUCCUCGCCCGUAAAGUCGAUUGUGACUGCAUCCUCUACAGGACUCAAGGAGCUCCGCCCUUUUGACCUGCGUGCAUCAUGGGACACACAAAGCCUCGAGAGACUUGCCGCUUGUGCAUCGCGCCAGGGGCGUCAGGUCACACUCCAUCCCUCACUCGCCGAGUUUCUGAAUACGCUGAUGAGACCCCUCAGCUUAGAGCUUGAGCAAAUGGAGCCUCCGUCAUCAGCUAAAAGACCUGUGCUUGUUACCAUGCAUGGUAGACAUGCAAUCAUUCGACAUCGCGUCAAGGUUCAUCUGAUGGAUUACUGCGCAACAAAUCCAGACAACAUGUCUACUCUCCUAUCUUCUGUCAGCCAGGUGUCACAUGAUGAGCAUGAGUGGAUGGUGGCAGAGAUGUCUGAGCACCUUAAGGCUAACACAGUCAGUGUAUCCACACUGCAAAUAGACCUUGAGGGAAUUGGCAUGGGUUUCAUGGAUACAACAGCCCGCCCUCUAUCAGUGUCUGUAUUUGGUUUCGUGAAGGAGGAAGCUCAGGACGAGGAGACAAAACAAGACCAAGCUUGCAUCAUGGCGAUUGAAGAGAUGUUCUCGCUGUUGAGACAAAUGGUUGUUGAAUUACCUUCGGGUUUCAUGGAGCCCUACCUUCCUGGCAUUCGUGGAUCACGGAAAACUCAUCUAAUCGAUGACUUUGCCACAGCGCCAGAGCAUAUGGCAGCGCUUCCAUCGUCUGCCAUCCAGCUGUCACAGGAUGAGCAUCAGGAUUGCCUCGAUGCAAACAAAAUCCGUGCUACCAGUGUGCAAGUACAUCUUGAGGUACUCGACUUGGUUUUACCGAAUACAUCAGUCCCUGAUCCAGUGUCUGUGUCCAAGUCAGCUUCGUUGGGAGAGGAAAGUCAAAGCGAAGAUAUUGAUCUAAAGCAACAUGGAUGUUGUUUAGAAAAGCCUCAGUGUCGAAUCACAGAGACGUUAUCCGAAGGUUACACAGACGGUGUUACUACUCUGGCUACAGACUUUGCAGGAGGUUUACCCAAUACACCAGUUCCUGAUCCAGUGUAUGAGUCUAAGUCGGCUUCGCUGGGAAAGAAAAGUCAAGACGAAGACACUGUGCUAAAGCAGCAUGAAUCUUGUGAAGAAGAGCCUCAGUGCUUAAAGUCAGAAACGUUACCCAAAGGUAGCACUGACGGUGUUACAACUAUGACAACAGACCCUGAUCCAGUGGCUGAGUCUGAGACAGCUCACCUUGAAGAAGAAGGUGAGCCACAUGAAUAUUGUUCAGUAGAUGGUGGCAAACAAUUGGCUUCGACAUUCAUAUAUGUGGAACAAACACAAAUAAUCCACAGGGACGCAACACGAAUGUAUCUCAAAAAAGACGAAGAUUCAUCAAGUGUAGAAGAACCACAGCUGGAGAUCAGGGGCGGAGAUGAUCGAGUAUCAAAGAAUGACAACGAUGCUAACCUAGCAACUGAUGCAGGUGUUGUGCAUACUCCUAAUGAAGGCGUUGAUCGGGAGCUUCCCUCGGAUCGCACAACUCCGAUGUCUACUAAUGAUGGGGACACUAGCAAAGAAAACCAGCAGCUCCUUCAUAAAUGCGCCCAAGCACAGAAGAAGAAGGCGAAGCGCAAAAACCAAAGACCGAAAACAUCUAAACGCAGAUCACGGAAAGACAAAAAUGACUGCCCACAGGAAGAAAACGAUCAGGAAUUAUCGGUAAUAGGAAAGGAAUCCAUCCUUUAUAAAUUAAAGACAGAAGCUAUAGUCGAACAAGACGUUGUACCUCCUAAGCACUACCCCGUGACAGAGUCAUCAGACGUGAGACGUGAUGAAAUCGGCCAUCAGGCUGAAGAGAUGACUCCUCAUAAGACAGCUUCCGAACUUGCCGCAAGUAUUACCGAUGCACAAGAAGGAAAGCUCAAGGGGAGUAAUAAGCUCAACGUGCAGACAAAGCAGAACAAGUCGAGAAAGACGGCAAACAAAAUGGACGUAGAGGCUGAACAAUUGUCUGUGCAAGGAGCUAAAAUCAAUCUCCGAGAGAGCAAAAAACAAAAGAGCAAGGAAAGCGUGUCCGUCAAGAAGCCAGUUACUCCAAAAGGACAAGAAGAUGCAUCGAAGAAGGAGCCUCGUGUAGAGUCGCGCGAUGACGCGCAUGUGACGAAACAUCACAGUCAGAGUAAGAUCGAAGCAGAAAAAAGAUCAACCAAAAAAGGAAAGCAUCUGAACAAUCAUGGAGUUGAUUACCCCAGAAAGGGCCACGCCUGUGGAGUAAUGGGUAGACCUUCCACGCCUUCCACCACCAAGAGGAGUUCAUACGACACAGCGACCCAAAAGGGAAACAGCAUAGGGAGAGAAAACCACAGAGAAUCAUACCAGACGAAUGGUAUGGUACAAGAUGGCGCAAGAUCAAAUAGUAGUUACGAUUCACGUGAUAGCAAGAGCAGCUCGCGUCUUCUCGUCAAGGCAAAUAUGCACCAAGGGGACGGAAGACUUAUCAUCCCAGGAGUACAGUGUUGUUCUAUUGCUCUCUGCGCAAUCCUCAGAGCGACUAGCAAAAGUCCAUUGCUCUGGACGCCUGCAGAUAUGGAUGAUAUAAUCUUCACCGGGGACAGAAAACACAGGGAGACUCAAGAGAAAAUGAAUCGCCCUAAAACCGCCUUUCUCCACAUUGAUGAGAUAGAGCUAGAUAUCAAACUACGGGGUCGGCACUUCCACUUAAAGAGAAGUGAUGUAAUGUGUGGUGACAUUAUGAACGAUGGCACAGACAAGAACAACCCACUACCAGGCUUUGAGAGUAGUGUAGAUUCUCUAAACGAAUAUGACAUGUUCAUUGUUAGAUAUCUACUUUAUACAAUCGCUUUAUUUAAGACAUCUCAAACCUGGUUGUUGUUUGAUUCGCAUAAUCGCGAUCAGAAUGGAUUUAGACAUCCUGACGGGAAGGCCGUUCUUCUAGAGUUCAAGACCCUGCGAAGUGUUGGCUGUUACAUCAGGCGGUUUGUGAGUUUCAACGGCUUCAGUGACGAGACGAGUCCACGCCCGCUAGAUGAUUCGCAAUUGAGCUAUGAACUGGCCGGCGUAAAGGUAGCAGUCCUUAGCUGAGCUAGGAUCCUUUGCGCGUGACAUUGAUAAUACAUCGCUGGCGAACCUUUGCUUAUCUUUCGAAAUUUAAUUUUGAAAAUAUUGUAUAUUUUGUAUAUAGCUAAUAAAUUACGUUCAAUAUCA